UGCAAGAGAAGAUAAACAGAGAUGAGUAUAUAAAAUAAGUGUUGAAGAGUGAAGUCGUUGGAUGCUGGAGAAAGAGAGAAAAAAAAAACAGAUUUACAGUUUAAUGGCAAAUGGUUGCGUCGUGUCCAUUGUAUGGAUGCUGCAUCACGACAAAUCCCGGAUCUCUGUUAAAAUAUUUUUAUUAAGCGGUAUUUUAAAAAAAUGAAACAGUAUUUGUAAAUUAAAUAUUAAGUUUAUUGAUAACUUAAACUAAUUAUUAAUUUUUUAUGUAAAGUGAUCAAUGAAAAUUGUUUAUUAUUAACACAGAAUUGCAUUAUAAAGACAAUGAAAUAAGAUUUAUAUUGUGUGUUGACGGGGAUUUAAAUUUAGUUUGUUAUUUACUUGAUUGUUUGUAGGAAGCGCGAUAAUUUAAAUUUGAUUUAAAUUAAAUUAAAGUUACUGACGUCGACUGAGGUUUUAUUGAUUAAUUAAUUAAUUCGAGUUAAUUGUAGUUUGUUUAUUUUAUAAUUGAAAAAGUUUCAGUAACUUUAAAAUGUCCGCUGCUGAGACAUCGGUGAUUUUUGCAAAACUUGAAGCUCUCAAGGAUGUCAGAUCUAAAACACUACAGCUGGAGAAAAUGAAACAAAGAAUUAUACAGGAGGUCGAGCAAACGGAACAAGAGGAUAAAUGUUUGAUGGAGUAUAAACAGGAAAUGGAUUUACUUAUGCAAGAAAAAAUGGCUCAUGUUGAAGAGUUACGUCAAAUACAUGCUGACAUUAAUGCGAUGGAAUCUGUUAUAAAACAAGCCGAAGAAGCAAGAAACCGUGCACGUGAACACGCCAAGUUAAUUCAUAACAAUGAAUACCAGCCUCUUAAACAUGACAUUGAUCGUAUGCGUCGAGAGUACUUCAAUUUAGACAGACUGCCAGAACUAUAUGAGACUGAAACAGAUUUAAUAGCUCCUGAUUACUUUGAAAGGCCGAUGCAAAAAGCUGAAUGGCGAGUCGAAGUUCGUGGUGAAGAUUUGAUGCAGCCACUAGGUUUACAUGGUCAUCCAGGUCAUUCUGGUGGUUCGACGCCUUUCUUGGCGCCACAACCACUUCAGGGGCCAAGUAAACCUGAGCCAAGACCAUUGCCACCAGCCACAGGUCCACCCGCUCCAACAUUCAGGCAACAACCGCCUCCAAUGAAAUCCUGCCUGUCUUGUCAUCAGCAAAUCCAUCGGAACGCGCCAAUCUGCCCAUUAUGCAAAGCUAAAUCACGUUCGCGUAAUCCCAAGAAACCAAAGAAGAAGGAUUAAUUAUAAUUCCAUAAUUGAAUUUUUUUUUUAAUUUUAUUUAAUUAAAUUUUAUCUCGAGUUUUAUUCAUUUUUAAAUAUUCUCCGAGAUAAUUACUUAAUACAUACACUAGUUAUGAACAAUUGUGCAUUUUGAUAUAAUUAUCAAGUAUUAUUUUUUACUAACUUUCCGUACUAUAUCGCGUCACUAAUUCCAAAAGGACAUAUAUAUUUAUACUCCCUUUUGGCUUUAGUCAUUAAGUUUAAAACCAAAAGGGCGUAUAAUUUUUUUUUUCGAUUGCUAAUCAUAUUGUAGACUUAUAUUCAAGCUGAAAAUUGAACACAAACUAGUAAUUCUCUGGAAUCAGGGCUCAUCCCAUUUUUCAAUGUUCCAAGCGCACAGACAAAUAUCCAUAAAUAAACUUUUUCCAUGUGUUCAGUUACGUUAGGCUUUGCACCUCAAGUGUAUAAAAUUGAUGAAAGUGACAUGAGGUCUUGCAAAUUUUCAAAAAUAAAUUUUAAAAUAUAUACACGGAAAAAAAAAUUGUGGUUCUUCUAACCACAAUAUUGUAGUAAAACAUUUGCAGUAGCAAGUACUCCAUAUGUGGUAAAGGACACUAGAUAAGUAGUACUGGUUUACUACAAGUGUGGUUGAGAUUAUUCCAAUUUAGAGUUUGCAUUCCUUUACUCCAACUUUUAGUAACCUCAACUACAGCUGCUAUUGUAGCAAUUAAAAUUUUUUUUCCGUGUAAUUAAAAUUUUUAUAUAAUACCGUAAGAUGGACGGUGGAGUUUCAAGGGUUUAUCUAAGAGCUACAAUGAUACUGGAGCUCUCAUAAUUUUUGAAAAUUGGUAUAUUUCUGUUAUUUUUUCACUUUACGGUGUCAACAGCUUGACUAACAUUAAUAUGCACGUAGUUUGGACGGUCCGUCUUCCUUUAGUAGUAUAGUUUUGAGCGAAGCCCGUGACACGAUUUUAGCUCGUUGCUAAAAUAUUUCUGUUUUUUAAAAGACGUGUGAGCCCCACUUAUGAACAAUUGCCAAAAAAAUUUUUGAAAACCCAAGGGGCAUAUAAUUUAAGUUAUAUGCCCUUUUGGCUUUCAAAAUUUUUUUUUUAAGCUGUAAAAUAAGUCUACAUAAUUGAAAAAUUUGUGUUAAAUUUAACACAAAUCACAUGUCCCAAACGGUCCACUCAAUUUUUUUUGUUAAUUUAACACAUUAUACUUGUGUUCAACAAUAAUGCUUCGCAUCAUGAGUCGUGCAAAAAAUUUGUUGAGAUCAGAUAACACAUUCAGCUUUAGUUAAGUUUACACUUGAUGGUGUCAAAUAAUUAACCCAAAAUAUUAAGCCAUUGAAUUUUUAUACACGAAAACAUAAAAUUUUCAACUGUGUACAAAACGAUUGGUUAUGAAAAAAAAUUAUGCGCUCUUUUGGCUUUAGAGAGUUUCCUAAACCCAAAAGAGCGUAAAUAUGUCCUUUUGGAAUUAGUAAAGAUAUAUUUUAUAAUAUAGAUCUCACGAUCGGUUGUGAGUGAUAACCGAUAAAAUUUUUUUACUUUAAAAAUAAUAAAUUAAUUAAUUAUUUAAUGAAUUAAAAAAAUUUUAAUUAGACUUAUUAUGUCUUCUAGUUAUUCGAAGACUGAUAUAUUAAUGUAUGUACAUAUAUCUGAUUAUAUAUAGAUAUACAUUUAUAUACAUAAUUAAGGUGACCAUGCCAUAAAAAAUCGCUAGUAUCACAUUAACACGUAGCUUUUUUAUAAUUUUUUCAAACACAACCAUCUAGAUAAUAAAAGUAAUUUUUUUUUAUUAUUAUAAUUAAUAAAAGCAAUUUAAAUUAGUUGUUAUUUAUCCAGGUGGUAAUUUAUUUUAAAUAAAUUAUCGAGUUUAAUUGAAUAAUUUAAUUAAUCAGUUCCAUACAGUUUUUUAUUUUAAGUAAACAAAGUAUAGAUAAAUAUGAAUGUAAUGUAAAACCUAAAUUUU